AUGCAAUUCCUUACAGUCUUCGCCGUUCUUACCUUCAUCUUCCACAUCACGAGCGCGCUCCCAUAUACCGCUCAGCCUUUCCUCGAUCUCGGUAUAUUGCCCAUAUGUGCUCAACGCUGCACACCACUGUUGGAGACUGCUUCUCGCUGUGUACCUCCGAACGCUUACUUGGGCACUGUUUCUCCAACAAGCACACCAACACUUCCCACCUCGUCAUUCCAGGCCAAAUCGACGGUCUCCGUACCAAGUACAGCAUCAUCUACCUAUGUGGCGACUGUAGCAUCAGCUACCUCCUUGACAGCGUUACCACCGACUGGCACCACCUCGUCUGACGUUGAAGGGCCUUCAAAACAUGUUGGAGCUCCGCAAAGCUGGGGACAAAAGCACUGGAAGGUUGUUGUGGCUGGGGUUCUGAUACCAUUUGCGGUCCUCUCCGUCGUCAUGGCCCUCGCAGCGUUGUACGCUUGGUAUACUCGAGUUCUCUUCCGCAGAAGGCAGCGCCCAAUGACUUCUGAAGAACGGAAGCGCAAAGAGGAUCGACUCAUGCAGGAGCGGCUUGAACAGAUGGGCCUGAUUCCGCUACAGACAGUAACUAAAAGCACUCAGCACCGGACCCGAUUCGAAAUCGACGGUCACGUCGGCACAAUCUCAGUACCGGCACAACCGCCCCUCUACUGCCUCACUCGUUGUACAGUCAAAGCGGGUCUUGGUCCCCACAGCGACCUACCAGGGCUUGGACAAGGCCCAGCAAUACCAGCCAUCGCUGCCCAUCUUUCCCAAUCGUACCGCCGCUCCCUACUAGUCCAUCAACCUCCCAGCUUCGACUACCAUCGGAUAACAUGA